GCAGUGAAGACGACCCCCCCGGCUCUGACUAUGAAGGCAGCUGUUCUGAUCCAGCGAUGGUACCGGCGCUACAUGGCCCGUCUUGAGAUGAGACGCAGGUACACGUGGAACAUCUUCCAGUCGAUAGAAUACGCCGGAGAACAGGACCAGCUGCAGCUCUCCAGUUUCUUCAGUUUCAUGUUGGACAACGUCACUCAGCUGAAUGGAAGUGGGCCAGACCUGAUCUCCCAGCUGCUGGACCCGCUGGUCGAUCCCUGGUUGGACAGAGAAUCGUGCUACGACCAGAUCCCUGUUCCAGAGUCGUACGCCGGGCCCCGACUGUCGUUUCCUCUCUCCGUCUCGGAUACAAACGCUCUGCUCAGUGCAUUCAAAGAGCAGCAGACUCUGCAUGCCAGAUAUGUUCUGCAGCUGCUAUACGAGACCAAAAAACUCCUAAAACAGAUGCCCAACAUCAUCCACCUGUCAACGUCCUACAUCAAGGAUAUCACCAUAUGUGGUGAUCUACAUGGGCGGCUUGAUGACUUGCUUCUCAUAUUUUAUAAGAACGGCCUCCCCUCUGCGGAGACGCCAUAUGUGUUUAACGGGGACUUUGUGGACCGUGGGAAAAAGUCUAUCGAAGUGGUCAUCCUCCUGUUCGCCUACCUUCUGCUCUACCCCGACUACAUGCACCUGAACCGAGGAAACCAUGAAGACCACAUCAUGAAUCUCAGAUACGGGUUCACAAAAGAGGUGAUGCAGAAGUACAAGACUCACGGCCAUGAGAUCCUGCAGCUGUUUCAGGACAUUUUCAGCCUCCUGCCCGUCGCAACAGUCAUUGACGGAAAGAUCCUGAUUGUACAUGGAGGAAUAUCAGACCAGACUGACCUGGACUUCCUCAGCUCCAUAGAGAGACACAAGGUGAAAUCUGCCCUGAGGUUUCCCCGACGCAGUAUGGAGCAGCUGGACAUCGGUCAGUCCAGCAGACAGGCAAAAAGAAUGAGACUGACAGACGGCUCUCGUCCUGGCAGCAGUAGAAGCCAAAGCAAGAACCAAAGGAACCAAUUAACACCCAGUCUGAGGAAGAGGCAACGUGGGCUCAGCCGACAAGACAGUGCUGCCUCCAGUUCUUCCUCCUCCUCGUCCUCCUCCUCUUCCAUCUGCUCACCUCGGACUCCAUCCUGCCUCUCGCCUCGUCCGUGCCCAUCUUCUCCCAGCAUGCCUUACACCAUCAAUGUUCUCCAAGUGCCUUUCCUGGACUCUCUGUCCACUGUUCCUCCUCCCCCACCGCCGCCGCAUGAUCGGGAAUGGAGACAGAUUGUGGAUAUAUUGUGGAGUGACCCCAAAACCCAAGAGGGCUGCAGUCCCAACACGUUUAGAGGAGGAGGCUGCUACUUCGGCCCCGACAUCACCCAGAGACUGCUGCUCCAACACGGACUCCAGUUGCUCAUCAGGUCCCACGAGUGUAAACAGGAGGGAUAUGAGCUCUGUCACGGUGGACAGGUGAUCACCAUUUUCUCAGCGUCAAACUACUAUGAGGAGGGAAGUAACCGUGGCGCCUACAUCAAACUGGGCAGGGAGCUGGUUCCCCGCUUCUACCAGUACCAAGUCAGCCGCACAACACGCAAACUCACCCUGACACAGAGAGUCCGAGUGGCUGAAGUCUCGGCUCUCAGGGCCUUGAAGGAGAAGCUGUUCGCCCAUCGCUCUGAGCUGAUGACGGGCUUCCAGCAGUACGACCCGAACAACACCGGUCAUUUGUCGGUCAGUGAAUGGGCUCAGGUGCUGGAGUCUGUGCUGAGGCUGGAUCUGCCCUGGAGGACUCUCCGUCCACACUUAUGCCGUCUGACAGCAGAUGGCAGUGUGGAGUAUCAGUCCUGCUUUGAGGACAUGAGCCCAGAGAUUCCUCUGCCUCAGGUCGCUCCAAACUUGGCUGAAACUCUGUUCAGAUACAGGACGGACAUCGAGAUAAUAUUCAACAUUAUAGACAAAGACCAUUCAGGUCUGAUAUCCACCGAGGAGUUCCGUCACACCUGGCGUCUUUUCAGCGCUCACCUGGGCGUUGACAUCGAUGACAGGGCCAUUGAUGAGCUGGCGCGGAGUAUCGACUUCAACAAGGAUGGCAGCAUAGACUUUACUGAGUUCCUGGAGGCCUUCAGAGUCGUACACAAACUGGACAACAAGGAUCAGCAAUUCAAGUGCUCGUGACGGGAUUGAUCAGAAUACUGAAAUGUGGAAGUCACAUUCAGUAGAGAAAAGAAUGGAAGAAGGAAAGCAGGAAAAGAUAAAAUAACACAACUAGAAGUGUGCAGUAGAAGAAAGUGACGGAAAAUCCUAGGUGCUUGGGUCACAUAUAAUGGAAAUCAGAGUAAUCCUGCUGACAGAUAGGUGACAAUAUAAGUACUUUGGCAAAGUUUCUCAAAAGUCCACUUUCAAACAUAUAAUAUGAUGAUGAACUCAUAUUUAUAUUAUGGGUUCAAAUCAGGGUCAAAAAGAUUGUAAGCCUUUGAAGCAAUGUUAUAAAAAUAGUUUGUAGCUGUA